GAAACGGCUGAGAAUCCGGGAAGCUCUAAACAAAUUAAAAGAGAGGGCAUUAGAUACGUGAAGGCUCCACGUUAGACCCGUACUUCACUUUGAUUCUCUCAUCAAAAUCUUCUCCUUCAAAAUUCUUAUACUUUCUUGUGAUCGAUUAAAUCUCGAUCUAAUCAAAGAAGAUGAAGCGUGAGUAUUUAGAUUACACACUUGUGCCUUUAGGGCUUGGUUUGAUGUUGUUCUAUCAUCUAUGGCUUCUCCACCGUAUCAUCAACCGUCCCUCUUCGACCGUCGUUGGCCUCAACGCCUUCAAUCGCCGCCUUUGGGUUCAAGCCAUGAUGGAGGAUUCAUCCAAAAACGGCGUUUUAGCGGUUCAAACGCUAAGGAAUAACAUAAUGGCGUCAACACUAUUGGCAUCAACCGCAAUAAUGUUGUGUUCACUAAUCGCGGUACUAAUGACCAGCGGUACAGUAGAGCGUUCGGUUUGGUUAGUGUCUGGUGACAAAAGCGACUUAGCCUUUUCACUCAAGUUCUUCGCGAUCCUCGUGUGUUUCCUAGUCGCGUUUCUCCUCAACGUCCAGUCAAUUCGUUAUUACAGCCAUGCAAGCAUCCUCAUCAAUGUCCCAUUUAAACAGCUCAUGGCUGUUUCUUCAGGUGGUCGUGGUAAUAGUGGUCUCAUGAUAAACCAAGACUAUGUGGCUGCAACGAUUAACCGUGGGAGCUACUUCUGGUCGCUAGGACUAAGAGCGUUCUACUUCUCAUCGCCUUUGUUCCUAUGGAUCUUUGGUCCUAUCCCGAUGUUCAUAACUUGUUGCGUUCUUGUUUGUUCGUUGUACUUCCUUGAUUUAACGUUUGAUUCGAUGAAAUGUACCGUUGGAGUCGCGGAUGGGGAGGAGCCAGAGGUUAGAAGGUUAGCUCAGAAUGUUUAGUAGUUUUAUAAGUGACAAUGGUUAGGGAUUCAGAGAGUUUAGUUUAAUGGAAGAAGGAACAUACAAAAUCUUGAAAGUUGUAUUGAUUCAGGUUCAAUGGUUGUUGAACCUGUGUCGUCAAAAGAGUCACUCUUGUCGCUAAAUGAAUAAAAAUUGUUAUAUUCGCAUAUGAGUCACAUGAAAA